AUGAAUGAGCGCGAUCAGCAGUCCAUGGCCUACAGCUUGCAAGUCGAAGAGGAACGGAAGUUGGAUCACACCCGGCGCGAACGCGAGCGUGAAAGACACGCGGUGGAGCAAAACGAGCGGGGCAAGAUCGGUCGUGACGCCAACCAAGCACACCAAUACAUUGUCACCACGUUCAAGCAGUUUGCCGAACAUGCCAAUGCUGUUUCCCACGCUCACAACUUGGUUGCGAAACGCCAGCUUGACAUUUCCCACGUCACACACCGCAUCUUGGAGGUGGACAGCCGUAUCGCGGGCUAUCGAGACACCAUCCUGAACCUCCGGUUCCGAUUUGUGGGUCUCGAACUUUCCCAUCCUUCCCACUCCAAAGAAGUCCGCGAAGUGGAGACCCUGCUCCAAGCGUUAAGUUCCCUCAUCCAGAGAGAACAAAACGACCUCACAGCCGCUCUUUCCGAGCGGGACAAUCUUUACAAGGCUCGCUUCGAGUUGGAGGUCACGCCGCUUCCCCAGUUUCCGACCCUGUCGCUCGUGGCGCCCGCAGCAAUGGCGCCAGAGUUUGUCGUUUCGUCCCCCCCGACUCUUCAGACAGUCGAAGUAGUGCCUUCUGAAACGGACGAUGUUAUCGACGCAUAA